AUGUCCCGCCCUGCCUCCCCUUCCCCCUCCGAAUGUCGCACCCCGGCUCGGAGACCAAGCCUCGAACCCGAACGGGAGAUUCUCGCGACACGAGGCCAGAGCCUUCCUGGACUACUGCGUCGACGAUCACUGUCUGUUCCUCCAUCAACUGCGCGAGGUGAGUAUAUAGUCGAGUAUGGGGAUGGCGCUCCCUUCAGGGACCGACACGGGAGUAUUCCUGUGUUCCUCAGAGGCAUGACUCUGAUCGGCGCCAGCAAUACGAUGUAUCAAUGGCACCGGUACUACAAAUCUCCGGAGGAGUUGAAGGGCAUGAAGAAGAAAAUCCGCAAGUUCUACGAACGCACCAAUCAACUGGUGUCGCAGUACCUGUACAUUGAUCAACUGCUGGACUCGUCGCUUCCACACCGUUUGAUAGAGGAAUAUGACCAUGAUCACGCCAAUGGGGUUCACCAUCAGGCUGAAGAUCGUGACCACAAUGGCGAUGCGGAACUAGCGGCAGACACUUCCACCGGAAGGAUCAAGAGGACGCCUCGCAAUCUAUACCGCGUCCCUGAUGAACGGUCGCCGCUGCUUCCCCCAACAAUCGAGGAGGACGCUCCGUAUCCUCCGGUCGCUUCGCCAGAGGACCACGAAUUCGUCAAUAGCGGCGAUCGCAUCGUCACUAUUGCAAUCUACAUCAACUUCAUUGCGAACGUGCUACUCUUGGCGGCUAAGAUCGCGGUUAUGACAUUAACAAGUUCGAUGUCGGUCUUGGCCAGUCUAGUGGAUGGUGCAUUGGAUUUUCUCAGCACGGUCAUUGUGUGGACAACCACCAAACUUGUGCAGAGGCAGGACCGCGAUCAAUACCCCAUCAGCCGCCGACGGUUGGAGCCUCUCAGUAUUUUGGUCUUUGCGGUGGUGAUGGCGACUUCGUUUGUGCAAGUGGCAAUCACUUCUCUAGGCCGCUUGCUUGGCUCUGACCAUGAACUGGUGACCCUCUCGCUGCCAUCGAUCAUCAUCAUGGCGAGCACGGUCGUGGUCAAACUCCUCUGUUGGUUUUGGUGUCGCUUGAUCAAGAACUCGAGUGUUCAAGCUCUCGCCCAGGAUGCCAUGACUGAUGUCAUUUUCAACCUCUUUAGUAUUCUAUUUCCCCUCGUCGGUCACUUUGCUGAAUGGUGGUUCCUGGAUCCUCUUGGAGGUCUAUUGCUUUCCAUCUACAUCAUCUGGAACUGGAGUGGAACGGCGACUGAGCAUAUCCGCCACCUGACCGGUGCGGCAGCUUCGCCAACCGACCACAGUGUGCUGUUGUACAUGACCAUGCGGUUUUCCAAGAUCAUCUGGAAGAUCCAGGACCUCAAAGCUUACUACGCAGGGGAUCAUCUCAAUGUCGAGGUGGACAUUGUGCUCGAUGAGGGCACCAGUCUACGGGAUGGUCAUGAUGUGGGUGAGAGUCUUCAAUAUAUGCUAGAGAGUGUCCCGACCGUGGAGCGUGCGUUUGUACAUUUGGACUACGACCCUUGGAAUAUUCCGAGCCAUAUGAAUCAACUAGAAGCAUAG